AUGGAUAAGCCUUUUGGCAAGCUCAUCCGCUCGGAUAUAUUUACAUUCCAUAUUGGAGCCGAGAAGGCUCCUUUUGCGGUUCAUUCUGUGGCCAUAGCGGCGCAAUCUCCCGCCCUGGAUGCUCUUGUCAAUAGCAAUAUGAUUGAAGCCCACUCUAGAACCGUCACCUGGCCCGACGUCGAUGCUGACACAUUUGUUCGAUUUUGCGAAUUUUGCUAUCUGAACGAUUACUCUCCACCUAGCUGUCAACAGGCCAAUGAUAACGAUGAGAGAAGUGAGGAAAUACCAGAUGCAGACCGAUGGUCUGAGCCUAGCGACGCCCAGCCAGAAUCGCAGCGCGAGCCCGAGUUUUUUGGGCAAGUGGUUUCUUCCAGCAAGUCUAAACUCAAAAAGAGGGGGAAACAGGCGCCUGUUGUCCAGCCUCUUCUUUCAGAAAAGGAUUACCCUCUUCCGGACUGCUGUGUGCAGUUAGACGAAAGGCUUACCACCUUCUCCAACGUGUCGGCAGACCAGGACUUUACUCCCGUCUUUCUUGGCCACGCUCGGCUGUAUGUGGUAGCCGACAAAUAUGGUAUUCAGCCCCUUAAAGACCUCGUGCUAUACAAACUUUAUAAGACCUUAAAAAAUUUCACCUUUUUUGCCACAAGGAUUAGAGACAUUAUCGAGCUUAUCAGAUUUGCGUACCAUGACGAUAACACUCGUGGACGUGUGGAUGGAAUCGAUGGCUUAAGGAAGCUGGUUACGGACUCCGUGGUAUAUUGGUCGGAUUGCAUUACCGGGCAUGACGACUUUCUUGAACUUUUGCAAGAAGGUGGCGAGUUCAUCACAGAUUUCUGGAAGGUGGUGCGGAAGGCUGCUUCAUUUCCCCUUCGGGAGCAGGAAUAG